UCAAAAUGGCAGCCUCCAUCCUUUGAAUGUCAAAACACACUGAUGUAACGCUUUAUGUUGACAGGCCUAUACUGCUUAACUAUGCAUGGACUUAUUUUUAAAAUCUUCAAACUUCAGACUCAUUACUUCUGUGUAUACCGCCAUGCUUCUUGGAGUUCACACUCCGUUAGAGCUACAUUUGUUGAGUAUUUUAAAAGCAGGGGACAUGAAUCUGUUCCUUCAUCCACAGUUAUCCCAAAAAAAGGGGAUGGAACAUACUUCACCAACUCUGGGAUGAACCAGUUCAAGCCAAUUUUUUUAGGAGAGUGUGACCCAAGUAGCAAGUUCUUCAGCUUAAGCCGAGCUGCAAACAGCCAGAAGUGUAUCCGUGUGGGGGGCAAACACAACGACCUGGAUGAUGUGGGGCAGGACAUGACACACCACACAUUUUUUGAGAUGCUUGGCAACUGGUCGUUUGGUGAUUACUUUAAGGAAGAAGCUUGUGCUAUGGCCUAUCAGCUGUUAACCCAAGAAUACAAAGUCCCACUGAACAGGCUGUACUUCACAUAUUUCUCUGGUGAUGAUGCCAUGAAUGUACCAGCCGAUACAGACUGCAGGAAUAUUUGGCUAUCUUUAGGUGUUCCAAAGGAGCGUGUUCUUCCAUUUGGACCCAAAGAAAACUUCUGGGACAUGGGAGUUACUGGCCCCUGCGGCCCUUGCACUGAGAUCCAUUAUGACCAUGUUGGCAGUAGGGACGCGGCCCAUGAGGUCAACACAGGGUCAGCCAGUGUUGUGGAGAUCUGGAACCUUGUCUUCAUGCAGUACAACAGGUUAAAAGACCAGUCUCUCAAACCAUUACCCAAAUGUCAUGUCGACACAGGCAUGGGUCUGGAGAGAAUGACAGCAGUUUUAAAUGGCACCACAGAUAACUACGCCACUGAUCUUUUUACACCACUACUUGAUUAUAUACAGAAGACCUCUGGGUGCACCCCCUACUGCAGCAAGCAAGAUGACCUUAACAUAGGGUACCGUGUGUUGGCUGACCACGCCAGAAUGUUUACUGUUGCUAUCAGUGAUGGACUGCUCCCCAGCCACGACAACCUAGGGCACAAGCUGCGUGGUAUCAUCCAUAAAUGUAUUCACAUAUGCCGCGAGACUUUCCGCAUUGAUCCACACGCUGUCCUACCAUCUCUGGUGUCACUUGUGGUGCAGUCACUGGGACCAGUAUAUCCGGAGUUGAGGCUCAAUGAAAAACAGAUCUGUGAUAUUCUAAGGGCAACCAUACAGCACCAUGACAGGUACAGGGAACAAGCACUCAAAAGUUUCAACAAAAUGCUGGCUCAGUCUGGCGGUAUAAAACACAUUACAGUUGAGGAGAUGGUUGCACUAGAGAGGGGCCUGUAUGGCAGCAACAUUUCUAUAGAAGUCAUCAGUGAACUUGCUGCACUCAAUGACCUCAGUUUGGACCUGGACGGCUACGACAAGUUCAAGCAGAAGGUGCCACAGUCCUCACCUUCACCUUUGACCUCACCAGUAGACAGUGCUGCCACCCUACUGGACCAGAUGGUGUCUCUGGGAGUCCCUACAACAGAUGAUGGCUUCAAGUAUAAAUAUAUUUCACUGGGGGAUGGAGUUUAUGAUUUCUCUGUGAGUGGAGUUUGCGCCUGUCAUGUCCUGGGUCUGAGCACCACCGCAGGUGUGACAGAUUCCCUGGGAGAGGGGGAGAAUGGGGCAGUUAUUCUUGACCGGACGUGUUUCUACGCUGAGGCCGGGGGUCAGGAUUCUGAUGUAGGACAGCUGCUGUCUGAGACAGGCACAUUUGAAGUGUCUAACGUCCAGAACAGACGAGGCUAUAUUGUUCACUAUGGUCACAUGACCAACGGCAGUUUUACCACUGGGCAAAAAGUUGAACCAAGUAUCUUCCAGGACACACGAGAAGGCUGCAUGAGAAACCACACAGCCACACACCUCCUACAGGCUGCACUGGCCCAGGUUCUUCCCACAACACAACAGCAGGGGUCAAGUGUCAUGGCUGACAAGCUGACCUUUGACUUUUUGGCACUAACACCAUUUGAGUCAAGCUUUGUUGAGCAAGUGGAGACAACUGUACAAAAGAUUAUCAAACAAGAGUACCCAGUCUCUAGGAGAGUGAUGUCCCUUGAUGAAGCUCUUCAGUUGCCAGGUUUAAAGAAGUUACCUAAUGAGGAAUAUCCUGAGAGUGUCUCAGUGAUUUCUAUUGGACCAGAGGGCUCAAGUCAUGUGAUCUCCGUAGAGCUUUGUGGAGGAACGCAUGCUUGUAACACAUCUGACCUAGAAAACUUUUGUAUAACACAUGUGUCAACCAAGUCACAGAACACCAAGAGAAUCACAGCCGUCACAGGUCCAGAAGCUGAGCAGGCUCAUGUAAAUGGACAAGUUGCCAGAUCAAUGGCUGUUGUGCUUGCAAAUCUACUAGACAAGCGUGUCAUGAGUGAGAUGGAAUUAAAAAACCUGCAAAAAGCCAUCAAUAAAGCUGAUCUGUGUGUGGAUGCCAGACUUGAAAAACUUGAACAUGGUGUGGCAGGGCCUAAACCUGAAACAAAAUUCAUAAAAGCUCUGGAAGACACUAAAAAGGUGAAGGAUGUGGUGGCUGGAUUUCUUGACACUCUUGAUCACCUGUUGAACAAAACCUGUGACCUUGAGGACAGUUUAAAAAACCUGAUCACAGGACUGAAGAAGUGCCACCAGCUGGAGCUGCUACCUAAAUAUGUCAGGGAUGAGGUCCACAACUGUACAGAGAAGUUGGAGUACAGGGUGACAGAUUUGAGGAACAAGAGGAGUAACAGGAUGCUACAUCAGAUGAUCAAGAAUGGAACAGAAGUUGACCAACAUGUGACCACUGUACACAUUGAUGAACUAGACCUCACUCCUCGGCAGAUUUCCAAAAGUCUCUCCCAGCAAAACUGGGAUCAAUGUAUUGUGUUGGUAAAAAAAUCAGCCAAAAUUUCUAAUGUUUUCAUCACCUUGCCAUUGCAGAAAGUUCAACCACCGACCCAGCAGGAAGUCAAUGAUCUGUUGGCAAAGCUGAGCCAGUUGGGUCCUGCAAAGGUCAAGCUGACCUCUCAGUCUAAUAAAGUAGCAGUGUACAGCUGUACUGUCCAGGGGGAGGGGUCUGAUGUUUCUGUGGUCAGUGAUUGGGCUGGACAGUUACUCAAUAAGUAA